AUGCUAAACCAACUCCAAUCUUUAUUAGAAAAAUUGAAAACUAAUAAUAAGUGGAUAAUUAUUAGUCAAAAUCAACCCCUCUUAAGAGACUCCUUAGAAAAAUUUAUGGAAAUAAGAGAUCUAACUGAAAGAGAAAGACAAAUUAUUCAUCAUCAGCAGAAUGUAGAUAAGUGUAAAAGGGUUUUGGAAUGGUUACCUUCAACUAGUGAACCUGUAUCGGAAGAACUUAUCACCGCAGAUAAAGAAUUCUUUACUCAAUUAUUAGAAAUAUUAGAAGCAGCAGUAAAAAAGUUGGAGGAGAUGGAAAAGGUGGAGGCAGAGUUUGAGGAGGUUAAAAGGAAUAAAGAGGAAUUGAGUGUUAAACUAUCAGAAUCAGAAACUACUCUAACGGAAACUAGACAAGAGUUAGAUAAUAAAGAGCAAGAAUUGGAUGGUUUAAGAGAGAAAUUAUCCGGGGAACAAACUAAAUCAGGGGAAUUAGAAGGGCAAUUAACUGGUUUAGUUGCUAGUAGUGGGUUACUUAGUCAACAA